CAGGUAGUUAUUCAGCAGCUCGGUUUCUCGGUUUCCUUGCAGUUGUUUUCACGAGUAAACAUCGACGUGCAUCCAGAUGAUUAACCUACUUCUUUACACCUGUCCCUAAACAAUGAUCGCUGAAGGUCACGUCUCAGAGCGACGCACUUCUCCCACCGCGGCGCAUCUCGUCUCCUGCGACCGUCGCUUGAUUUUGCAGAAACUUCUUCAACAUUUCAGCCAAGACUGCGCGAAAGCAGCGGGAGUUUUAGAGGUUGACUACUUUUUCAAGUCGAGAUCAAGCCGCACUAUGAGGUCCAAACUUUGCGCCGCGCUCCUGCGAGUGGUCCAGUGAAGAAGGAGCAGAAGAAGAAGAGAGAAGAAAGAAGAAAGUGUGAAAUCAUAUGUAGUUCACUCGCGAGGAUGUUAGGGAGUCCGUCAAACAACGGCGGCAUCAGAAUGCUCGUGCCCCCGGCUCCGAGCGACGACAGGCGGGUGGAGUUCGUGGCUCUCACCGCCGUCCACACGGAGCGGAGCGAGCCGUCCACGCCGGAGCGCGGACACCCGUCCCACCGCACGGGGCUGCUGGGCACCCCGCUGCCCGGGCCGCCCGGACCCCGGGCCAACGCGUCCGCGUCCAGCAAGCGCUUCAGAAAGUUGCAGAACUGCCUGUACAACGUGCUGGAGAGACCGAGAGGAUGGGCGUUCAUCUACCAUGCCUUCAUUUUCCUGCUGGUCUUCAGCUGCUUGGUGUUGUCAGUCUUCUCCACCAUUCCCGACCACCAGAAGGUUUCCAACCAAGGCCUCUUCAUCCUGGAGUUUGUCAUGAUCGUGGUGUUUGGGACGGAGUACUUCGUGCGGAUCUGGGCGGCUGGCUGCUGCUGCAGAUACCGCGGAUGGCAGGGACGGCUGAGAUUCGCCAGGAAGCCCUUCUGUGUUAUAGACUUCAUCGUCUUCGUGGCGUCGCUGGCGGUGAUCGCUGCGGGCACGCAGGGCAACAUCUUCGCGACGUCCGCCCUUCGCAGCAUGCGCUUCCUGCAGAUUCUGCGCAUGGUUCGUAUGGACCGGCGGGGAGGCACGUGGAAACUACUGGGCUCAGUAGUUUAUGCUCACAGCAAGGAGCUCAUUACUGCCUGGUACAUCGGCUUCCUGGUGCUGAUCUUUGCCUCCUUCCUGGUCUACCUGGCAGAGAAAGACGUCAACUCAGACUUCAGCACCUAUGCAGACUCCCUCUGGUGGGGAACUAUAACGCUGACCACCAUUGGUUAUGGGGACAAGACCCCUCGUACGUGGCAGGGACGGCUCCUGGCUGCCGGCUUCGCUCUCCUGGGGGUUUCCUUCUUUGCCCUCCCGGCUGGAAUUUUGGGGUCAGGUUUUGCCUUGAAGGUUCAAGAGCAGCACAGACAGAAGCACUUUGAGAAGAGGAGGAUGCCUGCUGCGAACCUGAUACAGGCUGCGUGGCGUCUCUACUCCACUGACGCCAAACACUCCUACCUAACAGCUACAUGGUACUUCUAUGACAGCAUGUUGCCUUCGUUCAGAGAACUGACGCUACUGUUCAGUCACCUCCAGCGACAGCGUAACACCAAGAAGGUUCUCCACAACUCCUACCACACGCUGCUGUCAGGGCUGCGGCCCUACAGCUCCCCCUACCUGUCGGGGGACAGUCAACUCCUUUCUAAAAAGCGGGGUCUCUUCCGGAUUCAUGCUGGCCGCAAGCAGAGCAGUAAAAUGGGCUUCCGGGAUCGGAUUAGGAUGAACAACUCCCGUUCGUCCCAAACCAUCCGGAACAAGGCGUCGCCGCUGCCCCCCGGCUCCGGCGUCCGCCGCUCCCCCAGCCAGGAGAACGUCCCCGAGGCCAUCAGCCCGGGGAAGGUCCAGAAGAGCUGGAGCUUCAACGACCGCACACGCUUCCGCACCUCCCUCCGCCUCAAGCCCCGGCCGCCGGCCGACGUGGACGGAGUCGGGGAGGACAGCGUGGAAGACAAACCUUAUUGUGACGUGGCCAUGGAGGAAGUCAUCCCUGCAGUGAAGACGUUAAUACGAGCUGUCAGGAUCUUGAAAUUUCUUGUGGCCAAGAGGAAGUUUAAAGAGACGCUGCGUCCGUAUGACGUCAAAGACGUCAUCGAGCAGUACUCCGCUGGUCACCUGGACAUGCUGGGCCGCAUCAAGAGCCUGCAGAUGAGGGUGGACCAGAUAAUCGGGCGAGGAGCCGUUCAGUCGGAUAAAAAGACGCGUCCUGAAAAGGGAGAGAAGACUCCACCAGAACUGGACCCGCUGGACGAGCUCAGCAUGAUGGGACGUGUGGUUAAGGUGGAGAAACAGGUACAGUCCAUAGAGAACAAGCUGGACCUCCUGCUCAACUUCUACUCCCAGUGCCUGAAGAAAGGCUCUUCCCACUUCACCCUGUCCUCCCUCCUGGACCCCGACCUGACGUCUGACUACCAGAGCCCCACGGACCAAAGAGACCUCUUCCCCUCCGCCAACACGCUCAACAUCUCCCAGUCUGAGAGCGGCAACCUGGAAUGACAGUGAGCCGACUGCUCCGGCAGACGCAGACCCUUUACAGAACGUCUUCCCGCGGCUGAGUCCUCGCCCGGCAGCCACGGCGUCCUCACUUCAUUUCUUCUUUCGGUCUGCCGUCACCUGUUCCUCCCCGUCUCCUGAAAUGAAUGUUUCCAGCGUCGAUACCGAUGGAGGCCAGCAGAUGGCGCCACCUGAUAAGGACCCUGGGAAAGCUGCUCACCGCACAUGCCUCUCAACACCCCAGAUGAGGACAGACACUUCAACGACCUUUACUUGACUACUGACCCACUCCCACUGAUCUAACACUAUAUAUCUAUGUCUACUUUAAUGCUUCACUUGUAGAUAAUCAGACUGCAUUGAUGU